GUACUUGUUGUCUUGAGAACAGUUUGUUAUUCUACAGUUACUGGUUACAUUAACCGUGAGUUUGGACGAAACGAAAAUUCAGACAUGAAUUUCCACAAUCCUAAUAUUUUGAAUUCAACAAUCCGUCUUACUGAGUUGUACGAUGUUGUAUCAUCAGAGGGAAUUCGCACCGCACAAUUCAAGACUGGUGUUUUGCUGCACGUGUGUACAAAAAGAUUGAGGACAUAUCCACACUACCCCAACAUAGUUCCAUGUAUCCAUGCUGCAGGCGGUUACGUGGUGCAUCACACAGCUUUCACGAUUGUGGCUGAGUGGGUGGAGGAGAACGUGCAGCUGAGUGACACCAUAUCUCAGGUUGUCCAGUGUGCUUUCAAAAUUCUGGAAGUGUACAAAUUCCACAGUCGACCUAUCAAAAUAGCAUUAUCAGCUGGGACGUUCGCCAAAAUGAGACUAGGAGAUGAAGAGCAUCAGGUUUGUGCUGUCAUUGGCCCGGCUGUGGAAGAGAUACGAUCGGCUGAGGCGCUGCUCGACCAUGGCGACUUCAUUCUGUGCCCUGAAGCAUGGCGGCACUGUGACAGACAAAACCUUACUGUCGAAAAUAUUGAAAAUGAAGAAGCUGUCAAGGUGCAAUACAGCAAGGAACAGCAAAGUGUCUCGGUGGAAGACCGGCGCUGUUACAACGUUGACAUCCAUAUGCCGAGAAACCUGAAAAAAGCAUACCUGUUAACAAAUGUUGAGAGAGACCACGUCAUCCGUAAGUUUAUGAUGCAAACAGCCCUGAACAAGAUACAUGAAAACUGGCAAUGGACAACCCUGCCAGACAUAUGGCCUGCCACCAUCAUGUUUGUGAAUCUGCAAUUCGUGCAGACUCGGACGGAUCUGGGAUUCAGUCGUCAUAAAGGCAAUGAAAUUAUUGCAGAGCAAAUGUUCAGCUGCCGUGGGGAAAUCUGCAACGUCUUCUUUUUUGACGAGGGCUGUAUCUUUGUGUGUGCUGUUGGCUUACCUGGGGAUAAGAGACAGGAUAAGACUGCUCAAGCACUGCAGGCUGCCUACCGGAUACAUGAGACGUGCCGCAAAGAAAUCGACAGUGUUUUGAGUAUCUCUAUAGGUGUAGCUACAGGAAGAGUCUUGUACGAGUUUGAGCAGACUCCUUUGAGAAAAGAAUACAGAGUGUCCGGAGAGAAAGUGUACCUGGCUGCAGACUUGUCGAUGGACUACCCGGGGAUUGUGUCAUGUGAUGUAGCGACCAAACUUUACUCCAUGCUGCCUCUUUCAACCUUAGUGCCUCAAGGGAGGAUCAGUCAGCUUGAGAAUGUGUGCUAUCGUGACGAUGUAAAUCAGAUGCUUGCUAAUAAAGCUGCAGUAUCAUCCGGGGGGAUAGAUGGCAGGCGAUUGGCUUUAGCUAACAUGCAGACAAUGGAGCCACUUGAGGAGAUGGUGGUGAAAUAUGCCUCUGCUAUUGGCUACACCUUCACCAUUGAGAUGCUGAAGCACAUGCUGCCUCAUAUGAGGGAACAUGAGCUCACAAUCCCCCUAAGAUCACUGUUUAGAGCGGGCAUCUUCAAGUGUGCCUCAAAGCCCAGGAACGUCUCAUUAACCCAGACCUGUUACUGUGAGAACAUCUGCAAAGAGUACACUUGGGUCUCAAUGGAUCCUGUGUGGACGUGUCGGCAGAUGAGUUUCUGCAACAAUGAUGAAAUGGAGAUGGUACAUAAGCUGACAGAGAGGAAUAAGGGCCUACUUUGUUUGAGCCACAUGACAUGUGCAAACUACCUGGAGAAAAAGACCUACCGCUGCAGCAAGUGCGAUGACAGGAGUUUCAUAUUUGAACACAAAAGAGCCACAGAUGACAGUAGCGAGCAUCUCCAGGAGAUCUACAAGGCAAUACGGCCUUAUGAGAUCUUUCGUAGCCAAGGCAUUCGCUCUCGAAAUCAGGUCUACCCAACUGAAAGAAAUUGUAAUGAUACAGAGAACAUCCUGGCCAAGGUGAAUUCAGUACCGAUGGAAGUGCGUGAUAGGAUGACUGCAGGCAGCUGCGAGUGUGCUCAGCUAGUGGAGACAGUACUCAUCCCUAGAGUGAGACACUGGAGGUUUGCAGGAGACGUGCCCAGGACAUUUUACUACCUGGUGGAGAGUGCAGCCGCCUGUGUAUAUCUUCAGAAUGAUCCUAGGGCGUUGGAGUAUUUGACUGAGGCCAGGUCCAUUCUGGAAAAUUUAAAAGGAGGGAGGUCUGCAUUUCCGUCAGCAGAUCCUGGAGAAGUGAAAAUCUGUGAAUUUCAGCAAGCAUUUAUGCAUCGGCUCACAGGAGAGAUUCUGUUUAAAGCAGGGAAAAUUCUGGAGGCAGAAGAGAAUUUUAAGAAAGCCUUGAAGAUCCUGAACUGCAAACUGCCUCGCAGUUCUGUUGCACAAUCCUUUAAGCUCAUAUACGAGAAGAUGAAGAAACUCCAUUACCGGUCCAAACAGUUCCAGAUCCCAGAGAAAAGAAAGCUGGACCGUCUGCAGGAAUGCAUUGAUUGUCUGUCUUUCCUGUGGCAAAUCGGCUGCAUGUGUGGCCAGCUCAGGAGUGCAUCGCUGGCCAUCACCUUGGAAAUCAAUCUUGCCUUCCAGAGCGCCAAUCCGUUCAAGAUCCUCUGCUCCGCCAUUGACUAUCUCAAGUACAGUCAGUUUAUAGGCGAGGAGAGUGAGUGCAAGCGUCUCGAAGCCUUCCUGUGCAGGACUUGUGCCAGCCUGUCAGACCAUCCUGAGGGACGGAGGCUGAUCAGCCACUUGACUCCAACCCUUCCCGCCGUUAAAAUGUGCACAGGGGACCUGGAGCAGUCCAUCGAGUGCACUCAGAAGCUGGGUGAAGUUCUGAACAGACCCGGUUUGGACAUGAGGACAACAGUUGCAUUACAUCUUCCUCUGCUCCUCACUGACAGACCCAUGUAUCAUAAGUACAGCCCAUCCCUGUCCAUGGUCAAACCUUACUACUUUAACGGAAUUGCAUUCAGACCAUUCGAGGAAUGUUUGGCUUUUAUGGAAGAGUCUCGGCCAGAUGUGAACCUAGAAGCUGAAAAGAGUCUGAUGCUGCAUCUUUACUCUGCAGUGGCUCUGUGGUAUGCACGGCUGGCAAAUUGGGAAAAGUUUGCAGUCCUCUUUGAUAAGGCGUAUAAUGUUUAUGCUCAGAUUCCAACCUCCACUGAGUCCAUCAGUGGUGUGGUCGUGCUCCUGGAGUGCAGUGUCCUUCUUUUCAGGAAAGAACUGACUGAAUGCAACCGUCAAAGAAGUAUUACCUUAAAAGAACACAAAAGCACUGGAACGGAUUGUAACGGAGGUACUGAGGUUGCAGUUCUUCCGGACCUGAUGGGGGCAGCAAAUAUGCGCGAGUGUUUUAGUCUGUCCACAAGUGGUGAAGAAGAAGAAAAACGCCUACAAGCACACAGGGGAAAAACUACAGAAGAUUAGCUUAGCUUAACAAGUUUAGCUCCGCCCUGACUUGUUGAGAGGAAAAGAUACUCUCUUUGCCAGUAUCAGCCAGAGGAGGAUGUCCUCCAGGAGAGUUUUUAAUUGAAUUUUUUUAAUUUUAUUUUUAUACCACACCGUGGUAUCGACUUUGGUAUCGGUGCCGACUACUAGAUUUUUGGUAUUGUGACAUCCCUAAUAGUAACGAAGUAUAAAACAUUUUGGAAGACA